AUGAAUGAAAAAAUAUCAGUUUCAGUAACUCUUUUAGGGUUAGCAUCUCUAUUAAAAAGUGGACACUCUGUUUAUUUACAUUUAAAUAGAUUCAAGUUAGAAAAUGAAAAUAUGGAAAACUUUACUAUUCCUUACACGUUAGUUGUUCAAAUUAUUUUAUGUGCUCUAAUAACGAUGUAUGGAGGAAGUAAAUUAUUUCUAAAAUUUCAAGAUAUUAAAAAUGAUUCAUCACAAAAUUUCAAUAAUUAUGACUGGGAUAAAAAUCAUACUAGAGAAAACUUCCGCUCAUGUUUUAAUAGAAAAUACUUCAUUAAAGAUUAUAUAAAAAAUAAUAUUAAUAAAACAAUUUAA